AUGGCUUUUGCCAGCAACAACCAGACCGCAGUGACAGAAUUCAUCCUCCUAUCCUUCCCUGUCCUCAGGGGAAGGCAGAUUUUCUUCUUUGUGGUCCUUCUGCUGAUUUACCUGCUCACACUUACGGGGAAUAUUGUCAUAAUCUCAAUCAUAUGGACUGACCAUCGCCUCCACACCCCCAUGUAUUUCUUCCUCAGCAACUUGUCCUUCUUGGACAUCCUUUUCACAACAGUAAUUGCGCCCAAGAUGUUAUCUAGUCUUCUGGCACAGAAGAAAAGCAUCUCCUUUGCUGGAUGCAUCACCCAGACCUACUUCUAUUUCUUCCUGGGGACCGUGGAGUUUAUCCUCCUGGCAGUCAUGUCCUUUGACCGGUAUGUGGCCAUCUGCAACCCACUGAGGUACACUGUCAUCAUGAACAGCAGCAUUUGCUUCCUCAUGGUGCUGGGUUGCUGGGUGGGGGCCUUCCUCUCGGUCCUCUGCCCCACCAUUGUGGUGUCCAGGCUGCCCUACUGUGGCCACGCCAUCAACCAUUUCUUCUGUGACAUUGCCCCCUUGUUGCAAGUGGCCUGCAUAGACACCCGCUUGAUUGAGCUCCUCAAUUUCCUCCUGUCCUCCCUCGUGGUGCUCAGCUCCUUGAUGCUCACAGCAGUGUCUUACAGCUACAUUAUCUCCACCAUCAUGAAAAUCCCUUCCGGGCAGGGGCGGCAGAAAGCCUUCUCCACUUGUGUUUCUCACAUCACUGUGGUCACCAUUGCCUAUGGGAGCUCCAUCUUCAUGUAUGUCCGGCCCAAUCAAAGCUACUCCCUUGAGUUUGACAAGGUGGCAGCUGUCUUGACCACAGUGGUGACGCCUCUCCUCAACCCCUUCAUAUAUAGCCUGAGGAAUGAGAAGGUCAAAGAAGUCUUGAAGGAGGCUGUCAUUAGGAUAUUUUCACGUUCCUGA